GCAUGUCUCGUCACAACUCUCAUCCACCACACGAGAAGCUAGCGAGCUUGUCAAGACAUGCCCAUGGCCAGAGCCCUCGCCUUCGUUGUCGUCCUCCUCGCCGCCAGCGCCGGCGCCUCAACGGCGACCACGCUGACCCUCCACAACAUCUGUCCGCACCCCAUCUGGCCCCUCGUCACCCCAAACUCCGGCCUCCCGUCCAUCUCCGACAACACCGCGCGCCUCGACCCCAACGCGCUCCUCUCCCUCUCCUUCCCGCCCACCUUCUGGGCCGGCCGCGUCGUCGCGCGCACGGGCUGCGACUCCGCGGCGUCGAGAUGCGACACCGGGGCCGCGCCGCCGGUCACCGUCGCACAGCUCACCGUCCACGACGGCGGGGACCUCGACCUGGCCGCGUACAGCGUGAGCCUGGUGGACGGCUUCAACGUGCCAAUGGUGAUCAGCCCGCAGGCGAUCGGCGGCGGGCAGUGCCCGGCGCUCGGAUGCGCCGUGGACCUAAACUGCGACUGCCCGCCCGCACAGCGCGUCGCAGACGGCGCAGCGUGCCGCGGCCCGCCGGGGUACUUCAAGAACCGGUGCCCGCUCACCAGGACGACGCCGACCGACGUCGAGCCCGUGCCGCAGAGCUGCCGCGCGCCGGGGGAGCUCAAGAUCAUUUUCUGCCAGCCGUCCAUGGUAGCCACGGCCGCCGCCGAAGCCGAGAUGGUCAUCCGGACCGUCGUCGCCGAUAGCUAGAUCGAUCCAGGCGUCUCGCUCGGUUGGUCUCACUUCGUUGAACUGUCGUCAUCUAGCCGUGCGUGUGCAUGCACGGGUUAAGAACUUGCUGAUUGCUGCUUAGUUAAUCUGGGUAUCCUCUUGUUCGUGUGUUUAGUGGAGACUCGGUAGCUUUGGCUCCCACGUGUGUACUCCUGGUGUAUGUAGAAAUCUGCCUUGAUGGACAAUAAUGCUACAUCAUGCACACGCUUUUGUAUGAACACUCUCGAUCUGAUAGUCUGAUUA